AUGGCAGACUUAUCUGGUGGGCCCAUAUAUUAUGAAGACUCAAGGUCGUGGUUUCGAUCAAGUAAUUGGUUUCGCUACAAUAGCCCUGAUGGCCACAAACCUAAGCCUGAAAAUGGGCCAGAACGGUUCGCAGAGCAUCGGGAAAAAUUCACUGAUUAUCAAAAACGGGUCCACCAUCACAUUGGAAGCAGAGCUUUGACACUUAUCAACGAGUGGAGGAUAGCCUCGAGCUUGAAACACGCAUGCGUCUUCCUCGGGUUCUCCCUACCUGUUAUCAUAUUCAUCAUUGUCAUUGACGCACCCCGACUAUAUAACUACCAUUCGCAAUACUGGAAUAGCAAGUUCAAUCACUGCAAUUUCAACGGGGCCUUCACGCCCUACGAUGAACCUUCGAUCAGCCAGUGGGACACAGCCGGGUUCUUAUAUAUAACGGUCGCCUGGGGCAGAAUGUCCUUUCCGCUGGCGAAGUUUAUCGAUGUCGUUUGGCAUAAUGUGGCAGGUAGGGCCGUGCAAGCUGUCCUAGCCUGGACCACGUAUACGGUCUCGUCACAGUAUCUCUUAAUGGCCAUGCGAGAGGCUCCAGUCUCUUAUACGACUUUUGAAGCACUGGCUUUCGUACCUCCAACCUUCAUAAGAACUUUGAGGCUCGCUGGCGAUCUCCUAAUGAGACGAGGCGUGGCUGCAAGAUUGAUUACGCUCUGGAUAGUCCUCAGCUCGGUUUUUGUUCUCAGCUUUUCUUCUUGGUCAGCCGCCAUGGCAGGAUACAGCAGUAUUACUUACGCUGUGAUGGACACGUAUGAUGGUGAACUUGUUGCAUGGGAAAACUACCAGGUUGUGCAGUUUGCCAUUGCCGAUGCAUGGAGAAUUGGUGAGCCAAGUAUCGUUCUCAUCACAACGGGUAGAGAGUGUGUCUUAGACGGCUUUUACAACAACGACGAUGAGGAUGUGGAUGAAGAUGAAGAUGAGUCAGGUGAAUAUGACGAGCCUUGGAAGUAUGUCCCGGUUAAUUGUUCAAUAUUCUGGCGAACUGUCGAGUAUGUGCACAAUUACGGUCUGCACGCCAACCAAGGGACACCAAGCUCGUUCAUCAUAGGAGAUGUGCAACACAAUUUAAGCUCUCCAACACUCAAUAUCACAACUUCAUUCGACAAUUCUUCACUCGAGACCCUGUCAGGAUACCUUACGGAUCUGGCAGCCCACAAGCACAUUUCCAGAUUGGGUUUUGUUCAAGAUAUCUCUCCGUCCACCUUCUGGGUGUAUCGAAAUGAGACUUAUUCUUGGGAGUACGUGCUCGACCAUGCCUCGUGUCGAUAUAGUAAAUACCACGAUUGGGGCUUUUCAUUUUUGAUUCUCUUCAUCACCUCCCUACUUCUUGCACUAUGGUCGAUCGGAACCUACGCUCUUUGGCUCUAUGUUCAGCUGCAUGAUCGUAGGAAAGAUGGACACAGCGACCAAGGGAUGUUUGGCAUAUACAACUCCAGCUUGGCCCUGGUCUAUGCGUUGAGAAAUGAUUUUGGAGAAGAAGUACUUCAGCCAGGGAUGACGGAAUCUAAUAUCAGAAGCUUGCUUCGACGCAGAGGGAAAACAGGGAUCGCCGACAUUCGAGAGCCUCAGGUUGUGAGCACAACAACUGCCCGUGAGCAAACUGCGCUAGUGAGGUAUCCAGACCUUCAAGCAAGCAGUCAUCUCACGCCUCCUCACAGCAGAACAUCAAAAAGUGCUUGGGAAACUUUCAAGCAUUUGCUAUGGCCCAGAUAUCCGUCAGCCGAACAUUCUCUUCCCUACCAGUCUACAACCUCCUCACAGGCGCAUAUAAUGCGUACAUCUACCAUAGCGUCAUCAAUUAAAUCAUCAAGCUUGGCGUCCACCCUGAGCCCAUCGACGACUUUCAAUUACAGCGCGACGAUCCCAGCUUCCAAUCCUCCAAGUCUGGGGGCGGAUCUCAUUUCGCCAACCUCAUGCAUCAGCUCCAGAGGCGGGAGGCCAGGUUUCGGGGUAAGCAAUUCGACCAAUCGGUCAUACUCCUACUCUUCGACCUUGUCCCAAAUCGAUCCAUCAGCCUCGGAGCGGCAUCGCAAGGCAUCGCAAGUGAGCUCAGCCCCCGCCGAACCCGCCGCGGCGUAUCAAGGGCUAUCGCAAAUAUCAGGAUCCUCAAGCACCAGAACGGCGCCGGGCAAAGGGCUCGCAUGCAACGCCUUUGAGUUCAGAAAUGACCUUGGUGACGACUGA